AACAUCUGAACCUUGAUUUAUUUAAUUUCAGAAUGGUGUCAAGAGAGAAAUAUUGAAACAAAACUCGAGGAAAUGGAGGAAAGUGAUCUCGACGCGGCCCUACGAAAGUUUUAUGCAGAGGCCCGAAGCAAAGAUGGAGAAAAUUACAGCCGGUCCGCACUUUUGGGUUUCCGUUACGCUAUUGAAAGGUUUCUCAACGGACCCCCACUGAAUAGAGGUUUCAAGAUCUGCAAAAACCCAGUCUUUUUCCUUUCUAACCAGAUGCUAGACGCUAAAAUCAAGCAGUUAAAGCGUGAAGGAAACGACACUACUACCCACAAACCUGCCCUCGAAAAACAAGAUCUGUUGAAGCUAAAAUCAAGUCAAGCGAUCUUUCCUUCAAGUCCACAUGGCUUACUAAGAAAUGUUUGGUUCCAUACCACCCUGUAUUGGUGCAGAAGGGGUCGUGAGGGUCAAAGAAGCUUAACAAAAUCAAGUUUUACCUUUGAAACAGAUCCAAACAACAGCCGUAGAUUUGUCACAAUGACUCACGACGAGGCGAGCAAGAACCACCCUGGAGGAGUUGUUGAUAUCAGAAGCUAUGAAAAACUAGCCAGAAUGUACGAGACACCGUCCAUAACUGAUGGUUACACGGCCCUCAAAACGUAUUUGUCCAAGCUAAAUCCUUCUUGUGAUGCGCUUUAUCAGUAUCCAAAGCGAAAUUGGCAACCAAACGACCACGUUUGGUUUGAAAACCGGCCGCUUGGUGUAAACAAGCUGGCAAACAUGAUGAAGGAUAUCAGUAGAGAAGCAAAUUUGUCACGCACAUACACAAAUCACAGCGUAAGAUCGACAGCUAUUACUCUUUGGGCAGAAGCUGGCCUCACAGAUCGUCAAAUUAUGGCUAUUUCGGGACACCGAAAUGAGUCAAGUUUGAGAUCAUACCAUAGCCGACCAAGUUCAAACAGCCUCCAGCAGUGUAGCGACGUCCUCUCAAGUGCUUUAACAGAAAAACAGCCACAAACCGUCACCCAAAGCUUCAACAGUUCCACAAAUUCAAGUCAGAGUAGCCACUUCCGAAGCGAAAUAGGCAGUAUUUUCUCGACUUGCAAGAUAGACAAAGUUGAAAUUCAUUAUAACCGUUGAAGUGUA